AUGAGAUCUUUCGUCUAUUUGCAAAUGGAUACACCUCCGGGCUUAGGGAAACGACAGGAUCUCGCAAACCAGGCAACCUACAGUAGUCGGAUCCGUCCUUCUGCGUUGUUCUUACCUGCGCAACCUAUGAAUAUUGGGCGCAGGAGGGGAAAAGUUCUAUGCAGCUAA